AUGUCUGUCCCUGUAUUCUUUGAUCUCUCGGUCACGUCAAAAAUGAUAUUUCAAAACUUUUUAAGAGGAUUCGCUUUUAAGAUGCUCGAAGAGAAUCUCGUAGAGAAGUUGGCUUCAAAUAAAAGAUUUCAAUAUCUCUCAUUGCUGCUGAGAGAUAAAUCAAGAGAGCUCUUUAAGGAUAAUCAUAAGCAUCCAGAGAUUAAAGACAAUACUAGAAAUCCAUACAAUAACCAUAACAACAAAUAUAACAAUUACAAUAACAAUAACAUCUAUAACAAUUAUAAUAACAACAACAGAUAUAACAGUCAAAGCAAUAACAAUAACAACUAUAACAAUUACAAUAAUAACAACAAUUAUAACUAUAGACAACAAAAUCAUCAACAACAACAACAACAACAACAGCAACAACAAAAUCAACAACCAAAGAGUUUUUCAGAAAUUUUUAGAGAAGAGAUGGAAAAAGAAAUGAAUAAAAAAAUGAAAAAAUAG